CGUGGCGAGGCGGAGCGAACCGCUGCAACUUUGGAUGAACUUCUAAUUUGAACAAACCGAGAGGCGGUCGGCAGAGUGCACGGACAACGGAGGACACAAAGGUGAAGAGCCCCAGAGGUUUUCUGUAACAAAAUCUUAACCGCCGGUUCCUUUUACCUCUACCGGCCGACACGGGUUGUGUAUACCGGUGACUGACCAGCGAGAGCGUUAUUUUUCCUCUCAAAAACGCCGACAAGGUGGAAAUUAAUAAAGCAGAGUCCACAGUUUAAAAUGCAGACAACGAUUCACCGUUGCUCCUAAAGAAACAGGAAACCGAGCAAACUGACCAUCAGAUUAAGGGAAACCUCCUCUGAUGACAGUCACACAAGUAGGGGGAACAGAGGCACGGGAUUAAAGGAAGACAUAUCCUGGUCAUUGUUCAUCACUGCUGGAUGGAGCUACUUCUCAGAUCUAAAGGAAACUGUCACUACUUGAAGUUGGGAAAGCUGUCAUCUGUUUGCAGUUUCAGGCUGUGUCAUCUGCGCUUCACUGACCAUCACUGGGAUCAUCAUUGCUGGGUUCUCAGACUGAAUUGAGUUCAGUUAUAGCACGAUUGCAAUGCAGGCUGCUUUGUAGAGGCUUCAGCUGCGAACGCUCAUCAUCAACACAUUCCUUUCCAUCAAGCUCCAGCUACAAAAAGAACCAAAUGUGUCCAUGAGACUCUCGGCACUUCACUUACCGGGCAUUAUGUUGACCCUAAUCUAAACCCAUCAGCUCCCCAUCCCUACCUUUCCCUCCCAUUUCCCCUCCCUGCAUCCUCUCCCAUCUCCAUCAUGACUAGUCUGAAGCGUUCUCAGACAGAGCGUUCGGUUGGCGGCUCAGUGCCGGCUUCUGAUGAGUUCUACACCCGACGCCUGCGACUGCCCAAUGGAGGAGCGCCACCACCCCGUAGCGAGAGCGCCCACAUCUCCUCUUCCUCUACCACCGGUACCAACCCCGGCGUCCCCAAGAUGGGGGUUCGGGCCCGCGUGGCUGACUGGCCCCCAAGGAAAGAUGGGGGAGGAGGGGGUGUUUGGCAUAUUACAGUUGAAACAGACUCACCCAGCUCUACCAACACCACCAGCUCUUCAGGAUCAGGAAGUGGAGAUAGAGAAAGACUUGGAGGAGGGGGAGGAGGAGGAGGAGGAGGAGGAAGUGGAAGUGGUGGUAGUGGUAAUAGUGGCAGUGGUAGUGGAGGGGUGUCAGCUGUCACAGCCCACAGUAAUCUGUCAGCUAAGCUGGGUCACCUGAUAAGCCCACAGGACUCAUCUAUGCUGCGCAACAUCCACAACACACUAAAGAACAAGAUGCAGAGCAAGGGAAAGGACAAUCGCUUCCUGUCACCAGAUGGCUAUCUGGGUUCACCUCGCAAAGGCAUGAGGCGUAUCCGCCAGCGCAGUAACAGUGAUAUAACCAUUAGUGAGCUAGAUGGGGACGGCAAUGAGGGCUGGUCCUUCUCAGGGUGGACCCCCAUGCACCGCGAGUAUGGCAGCACUUCAUCCAUAGAUAAACAUGGUGUGUCAGGAGAGAGCUUCUUUGACAUGCUAAAGGGUUAUCAGUCCUCUGAGGCCCCUGAUCAGCGAAGCCCAGCUCCAGAGAGGCUAACAGAGCUCCUUACUGUGGCCCCCAUAAAACAGGCUGCCCUUGACCUACCAGAUGGACCUUUAGGUCCAGCUAGAGGUAGUCCUGCCAGUCGGCUGAAGGAACGAGAGAAGCACUUGAAGAGGAGGUCAAAGUCAGAGACGGGUGGAGAGUCGAUAUUCCGAAAGCUGCGCAGUGUGAAGGUGGAGGGUGACACAUCGAGGGCUGGCUCCGAUGCUGAAGAUGGGGGGAAAGGAGAUGAGAGUGGCCCGCCUCCCAAACCCUGGGUGUGUCAAAAAGGCUUUGCCCAUUUUGAUAUUCAGUCUCUACUCUUUGACCUCAAUGAGGCAAUCCAAAGUCGGCAUUCUGGGUCCAAACGCAAGAACACCACAACCGGUGCCUCGGCUGCUGCUGCUGCCUCUGCUUCAGCCACGUCCUCCCUCUCCUCCAAUCAGAGUGGAGUGUAUGGGUCACCCUGUGGCUCACAGGAAGAGUUGAGCAAGGAGGGGGCAGGAGGAGGACACCCUUCCAACCCCGCCUUGGACCCUGGUGAUGACAAGAGCAAUGAUCUGGUGCUCAGCUGCCCUUGUUUCAGGAAUGAGAUUGGGGGAGAGGGUGAAAGAAACAUCUCUCCUGCUAAACAGCAGGGCAGCAUAGGCAGUGGUGGGAGCUCAAGCAAUUCUUCCAGCAGCACAGAGGAAGGACCUUUGGAUGCCACACUCACUACUCACUUUACCAACGCUGGUGUUGCUGUGUUGGAGGCACCCAAGGACGGACCAAGCCAACAUGCUGACAGGUCCAAACGAUACAUUGUGGAACAUGUUGACCUCGGCGCCUAUUACUACCGAAAGUACUUCUACCUCAGAGAACACUGGAACUAUCUGGGGGUCGACGAGAACCUGGGCCCAGUGGCAGUGAGUUUGAGGAGGGAGAAGCUGGAAGAACACAAGGAGCAUGGGCAGCAGUACAACUACAGGGUCAUCUUCAGAACGAGUGAGCUAAACACCCUGAGAGGCUCCAUCCUGGAAGAUGCAGUACCUUCCACAUCCAAGCAUGGCCUAGCUCGAGGCUUGCCCCUCAAAGAGGUGCUGGAGUACCUGGUGCCUGAGCUGAAUGCUCACUGCCUGCGCCUGGCACUCAACACACCGAAGGUCACCGAGCAGCUGAUGAAGCUGGACGAGCAGGGGCUGAGUUUCCAGCGGAAGGUGGGGGUGAUGUACUGCAUGGCGGGCCAGAGCAGCGAGGAGGAGAUGUACAACAACGAAUCAGCUGGUCCUGCACUAGAGGAGUUCCUUCAUCUACUUGGGGAGAGGGUCAGACUCAAAGGCUUCACCAAGUAUCGAGCUCAGCUGGACACCAAGACUGACUCGACGGGCACCCACUCCUUAUACACCACUUACAAGGAUUAUGAGAUCAUGUUCCAUGUGUCUACCAUGCUGCCCUACACACCCAACAAUAAGCAACAGUUACUGCGGAAGCGUCAUAUUGGGAAUGACAUUGUCACGAUUGUGUUCCAAGAACCCGGUGCACUUCCCUUCACUCCCAAAAACAUUCGCUCACACUUCCAGCAUGUCUUUGUGAUUGUGCGGGCACACAACCCCUGUUCUGACAACAGCUCCUACAGUGUGGCGGUCACUCGUUCCAAAGACGUGCCCUCAUUCGGCCCCCCAAUCCCAGAGGGUGUCACCUUCCCCAAGUCCUCUGUGUUCCGGGACUUCCUGCUGGCCAAGGUCAUUAAUGCAGAAAAUGCCGCUCACAAGUCACACAAGUUCCGUGCCAUGGCCACCCGAACACGCCAGGAGUACUUGCGUGACCUGGCUGAGCGCCACACCACCAGCACGCCCAUUGACCCCUCUGGAAAGUUUCCUUUCAUCUCACUGGCCCACAAGAAGAAAGAGAAGAGCCGGCCGUACGGAGGGGCAGAGCUGCGCAGCCUGGGGGCGGUGACCUGGCUGGUCCACGCUGAGGAUCAUGGGACUGGAGGGGAACUGGAGGGUCUUCUGGCCAUGUCCAAUGACUUUCUCAUUCUGUUGGACCAAGAUGCCAAGGCUGUGGUGUUCAACUGUGCCACAAAAGACGUGAUUGGCUGGACGCUGAGCAGCCCUGCGUCUUUGCGGAUUUUUUAUGAGCGGGGAGAAAGUGCAUCUCUGAGGAGUAUCAGUAAUAACACUGAGGAUUUCAAAGAAGUGGUCAAACGUCUAGAGCUCCUGACUAAAGGCUGUGAGACAUCAGAGAUGACACUUCGUCGAAAUGGCCUGGGGCAGCUUGGCUUCCACGUGAACUAUGAAGGCAUCGUGGCUGAGGUGGAGCCGUACGGCUAUGCCUGGCAGGCAGGACUGCGGCAGGGAAGCCGAUUGGUAGAAAUCUGCAAAGUUGCUGUAGCAACACUGACCCAUGAGCAGAUGAUCGACCUCCUGCGGACCUCAGUGACAGUGCGUGUUGUUAUCAUCCCACCACAUGAUGACGCCACUCCACGCAGAGGCUGUUCAGAGCUCUAUCGAAUGCCUGUGUCAGAAUACAAGGGCAGCAGCAGCGAUAGUGGCUCCUUCGAAUACAAGUUCCCCUUCCGCAGCAACAACAACAAAUGGCAGAGGACGUCCAGCAGCCCUCAGCAGUCCCUGACUGCCUCGCCACAGCCCCACACGCCCAACCGUGCUAUCAGCCUGGGUAGUUCUGUGGGGAAGACGCUGUCAGCUGAGAGGCUGGAGAGGGGCGCCGUCAUCCCACGCAGCGUCAGCAGUGAUGGUCGACCCCUGGACACCAAAAGGAUGUCUCCGGGCAGUGAAAGCUACAGCCUGGCCUCCUCCCUGGCGUUGGGUCGCUCCCCUCACAAUCGGAGCUCUCCAAGCAACUUGUCUUGUUCCAGUGACGCCUCCGGAAGCUCUGCUCACUGGAGACAGAAGUCCAUGCCUGAGCAGUUUGCAGGCAGCCGCCAUUCUCCCAUGUCUUCGGAGAGACGAGAGGUGGUCGGAGACGGCGGGUGCAGUGGGAAGUCCACUCCCAAUUGGUCAAGAAUGGAGGAAGGGGGAGGAGCAGAACGAGGGUCAACAGAGGCCCCAGUCUCCAAGUCUGGUCAAGGCUACUCUGGAGCUCCUCGCAUCCAGAGGCAAGAGCAGGUCAUCCACCUGUCCCCGAAGAAGGGCAGCCAGUCCGACGGCCCUUACUCUGGUCACUCCAGCAGUAACACUCUAUCCAGCACAGCUUCCAGUGGGGGCCACAGUGACAGUGAUAAAUGGUAUGAACUGGGAGUGGGCGGAGGCUCCGGCGGUGACCAGGGCGACACAGAGCCCAAUGGCCUGGGAGGAGGAGGUUAUCUCCAAGGGGCGUCGGCCGACAGUGGCAUUGACACCAGCUCAUACGGAGCCUCGCACCACGCCCACCCACACUCUCAUCAUGGCAGCGCCACCUCCCUGCUGGCUCCCAGCGGAAGCAGAGAGAGCAGGGAGCGGUCAGCGUCUCCGUGGCACAGCCCCACGGAGGGGGGCCGCAGGAUGCUGGAGAGGUCGCCUGCUGCUGCUGAGUCCCCGGGCCCUCCGGGAGAAAGGAGCCUGGACGGGACAGGCCGAAGCCCACCUACUCAUCUCCUAGUUCGAGAUAGCAGCACCUACAGUCUGAGUGAUGCUGGUUCGCACUCAAGCGCCAGGCACUCAGGCCACAGCUCCCCCAGAGAGGAGUCAUCAUCUUCGGCCACCUCUCCUUCAUCCCAGUCCUCAGUGUCCCCAGGGCCCAAGAGCUUCUACCCUCGUCAAGGAGCUCAAUCCAAGUACCUGAUUGGCUGGAGGAAGCCGGGCUCCACCAUCAAUUCUGUGGACUUUGGAGAUACACGCAAGAAGUCUCCAGGAGAGAGUGGAGGGGAGGUUGUUCCAACACCUGCAGCCAGACCCUCUCUGCGGGAUAUGCACUCGCCCCAGCCUCAUGCUAAAUCUACUAUGGAGGAAGACGUGAAGAGGCACAGUGCCCCAGACAGCCCCCCACCACCGCGCAGACAUAAGGAAAAGCAUGGCCAGAAAUCGCCACCAGGCCAGCCCCUCAGUCGCCGUCGCUCACUCCAUCGUACUCUGUCAGAUGAGAGCAUCUAUCGUGGACAGCGCCUUCCCCCCCUGAGCGACACAGUAGCUGAACCGGCACUCGGCGCCGACGUUCUCUUCAGCUGUUCCACCCUCCCACGUUCACCCACCACCCGCGGGGUGCCCCUUCGACGGCCCUCCUACAAGCUAGGUGUCAAACUCCAUGGUGACCUUUCGGCAUCCGACACAUCACUGGUGGAUUUGGUGGAGCGUCACCGUGGACCCCUCCCUCAGGAGCUGAUGCCCCUCCCUUCCUCAGACAGGGACAGCCCUCUAGAGUGGACGCACUUGGUGGAUGUGGCCAGUACCUUUGAGAGUGAGAGAAACACACACUAUGUUCAGAGAAGUUAUGUAUUUGGGGAUUCAAACCACCGAAGCAGUGGGGCCUCCAGUCCACAACAGCCUCACAUAGAGCUGCAGCCUGUUCCACUGUCUCGGCCGUCAUCUAGUGAGGGUCACAUAGGGCUGGAGAGGAAGGUCACUAAACUGGAGGCCAUGGUGAAGAUGCUCCAGGAGGACCUGAAGAAGGAGCGUGAAGAAAAGGUGCGGCUUCAGACUCAGAUCAAAAGGCUGUGGGAAGACAACCAGAGACUGCAGGAGGAGUCCCAGACCUCUGCUGCCAAGCUCAAGAAGUUCACAGAGUGGGUCUUCAACACCAUCGACAUGAACUGACACACCCCUGCACAUUUUAACUCGAACACACGCACGCACACAACUCAAUACAUCAGCACACACAGUCUGGACGGAUACGCAGAGGGAGGGGGGUGUCGGCAAGAAAAGUGGAGACCUGUUGUUAAGACUCAUUUAGCCUGAUGCUGAACCCUCCCACUAUCUUCCAUUGGCUUCAAAUAUCAGGGGGUUUUAUUGCCAGUCAGUCGCAAAUCUCCACAGACCCCUCUGUUAAACUUCUCAGGAUGAGAGUCAAGAAAAAUUGGCGUCGUUUAUCAGAUUAUGAAGGACUGACCUCUACUCUCCUGUGGGACCACGAGAGCGUUGCUGAAUUGACCUUCCUCUCAUCUCGCUGUGCCAAAAUCCUUUUUUCGCAAAAUUGCUAACAAAGAGAAAGCUCUCCUCCUCCCUCCCUUUUUCUGAAGUCGACUUUGCCUCUUCCAUUUAUUCCAGUGGUGAACGUAAAUAAUCUCCUCACCCCCCUGCCACGUUCUCCCAGUGGACCUGCUUCUCUUUUUUAAGACGACUUUCAAUAGAUAUCUGGCCUCUUUUGUUUCCUCAUUGUUUUUUUGUGUUUUUUUUCCCAAAUGUUGCCCAGCUUCCCUGAAAGGUGACUUAAGUGUUUUGUGCCAAAUCAAACCCACCACAGCAGAGGGGUAGCAGAGACAAUCCAGGUGACUUGUAAGUGGAAGUCUCUGAAAUGCCACGCAAAGUCAGACACGCAGCAAAUCUGCCAGCCACUGAGUGUUAGCUCUAACACAAACUAACACACUCAUAAUAAAUCUAAAGCCACAAGCCCACAGGGACACAGGAGAAGAUUUAAUUUCCUUCACAUGUUAAAUGGAGAGUAAAGAGGUCUGUGUUUCCUCUCCUCAAAGCUUAAACCUCUCUGAACGGUCACUGUGGCUGUUUGUCUGUCAGCCAAUGAGACGUAGGCAGGUCGAUCUGCCUCUGCACCAGAGGAAAAUCUGGAUUUGUACAGCUACUUUUUUUUUCUUUUCUUUUUUUUUUCCAUUUCUUCUCCUCUGUGUCACUCAGAUCUGGAUUACAAGAUUCUGUUUGUCUCAACAGCACAAGCCAACACUUGACAGAGGAGUAUAUUUAAAAGCCAUCGGCAUGUGGUGCCAUAAAACAAGACUGAUAUCCAGAGUACUUUGGUCCAUUGUACGUGUCUUAAAAGCAAUAGGAAGAAGUCAGGACUCCUGUAUUUCUCUCAACAACAAAAAAAAAUGGAGAGUUUGCUCUGGGAAGAAGUUUGAUGUGGGAAAAGAUGUUUUAAAGGUAAAACUUGUAAGACGACAGUCUCUGCUGCACAAGAACCUCCAUCUUUUUCCACUGAACAUCACGCUCUGGGGGAAAAAGGAAAGAGAGGACUCCACUCAUCAUGUCACUGUCUGGAAUACAGAGAGCCAGCUGAUAAUAAAUGACAGAGACAUUUUGGGAGGGAAAAAUUAAGGGUUUUCCCAGGUUAAUUUAUUUCCUUGUAUUAUAAUUCCAAUAAAUAAGUUGUUCUAUUCGUACAGUACAACUGACAUCAGUGUUGAGUUCCUCAAGAAAAAGGUCACUAGCUAUAUUAUUUAAAUGGCUUUCUUUCUUAAUUCUGGCUAAAGCCUGACUAUAUGCUUUUUAUUCUGUAUUAUGUUGUAUUUUGUGAUGCCCAAGCCUGCUGUCGUGUUGCUUACAGUGCCCUCUAGUGAUGACCAGUGGAAAUGUCAUGAUUAUUAAAUGUGCCGCCAGUCACUCUGUAUUUUUCCAACGCCUCCUCAGCAAUCAGUCAGACAAACACACAGCACAGGAAGAGUAAUCAGAAGCCAGCUCUGAGAGACAAUCAAAGGUUGAUUUUUGAUAAAGGGAGCAGACCAUAGGUGUACUUGUGUGUAUGUGUGUGUGCGUGUGUUUGUGUUGUCGGUGCUUCAAACGUCUAGUUUUGCUCAGGUUCAGUCUUUGUUGGGGAUCUUUUCAGAAAGUAAUUCAACAAAAGUUCACUUGUAUGGCUAUAUUAAAAUACCCAUGAUCAGAAGGAGCUACAGUACCGGCCGUACGAGUGGCAGAGUGUGUGUUGUCAUUGUGUGAAUGUACAUCAGUGUAUCCAGUCGUGCCUACAGUCACUUAUUUUGGUCAUUUACUCCCAGGCAGAGCAGGGACGUGCCUUUGAAACAGCACCUGGGGAACAGAUAAAAGGGAAUGGCUCUUCUUCAUCCUGAAAAAAAUAAACACACCUGGUAACACACACACACACCCAUGCACGCACAUACACACACACACACACUCUUUUUAAAAAACUUAUUGUUUUAAACACUAUUAUUGUUCAUCAGCAUCAUAUUCACUGUUGUAGAUUCAGCCUCAUAAAUGUUUGUCCGGGGAAUCUGCUGCGAGGCUUCAGCCAUUUUCUCUCGUUCAGAUGAAUAUUUUUCACAGACCAGGCAGCCUCCUGAUGACAGGGAUGAGAGUGUGUGAAGAGUGUUUGUUUGUUUGUGUGUGUGUGUGCGUGUGCGUGCCUUUGCAUUCAGUUACAUGCAGUAUAUCAUUCAGACCAGUUGGCUGCUGUAAUAACAGUGUAUUGGAAGAACAUUUACCCCAGAUCACAAAGCUACUUACAACACAAGCAGCAGCCACUGAGCUAUUUCCUCAGCCAGGUGUCAAACAUGACUACAAGAGUGUUUGAGGGGGGUGGGGGGUUAUUUCAGGUCACUAACUUGAGUGUGCACAUUGAAACUGUUACACAGUAGUGGUGUAAGCCUUAAUUCCCUGUCUUCUACCAUCAAAGCCCUUUUGAUGAAAAAGCAUUCCCAGUUUUUGAAACUCUUUAAGUAAAUUUGCAUCUUAAAUCGAUGCAAUUAAAACCCUGCAGCAUAUAGCACAAAAACGGCACCCGGUCUGAAUGUAAAAGAGAAAUAUAAACAAGCCUAAAGAAAUGUGAUGUUUACUAUAACUGACAUUCAGCUCUGCAGUUCUGCAGGGAGAUGAGUGGACUCUUAACUAAGGGAUGUAGACGUGUGGGUUCUGUUUUAAGAAUCUCUUGUUAGCCAUGGACGGUAACUGCACUAGUGGACAGUGAGUAUUUGCUUGGUGAGAUGAUUUUGCUUGUUUUAACAGUUUCACAAGUCGGCCAGUCGGGGAAAAACAGUCCAGCAGUCAUGCGAUAAUGUGAAAAACCCUUCAAAUUUUAAAAAAAAAAAAAAAAAAAAAAAAGAUUAGUUAUAUAGGCAGAAAUGUUCCUGAUCCAUAAAGUUUUGGUUGUAACUUGUUUGCCAUAAACACUGGUUUCAUAUCCAGAACUAUGUGGAAGCUUAAUUGAUGACUAUUAGGUAAUGUUUCGUAUUUUAAUGUACAUGGAAAGUGCUCUAGUUUUUUGUAUUUCAAAUGAAGUAUGGCCAAAUGAUUCAACUGUGCAGUGCAGAUGUUUUACUCGCAUCUUUAAAAGUGUGCAUCAGGUUGGAUGUUAGAUACAGUCGUCAACCUUAUACAAAGACAUAAACAGACAACACCGCUCCAGUUCUUUUCUUGUGACAAGUUAUUUUUCAAUGCAAGUCGUGUGUUUUCUUCCCUCCGCUUUGUUUUUGUUGCUUUUAAGAAGGAUAUGGGAAAUGUGAAUGUGCAGAUGUUCAAAUGUUCCAUUUUGUAAUAUCUUAUUUUUGAGAUCCUUUGCACAAUGUUUUAUAUAAAGGAUUGUGUUUACAGGUUUUGGAUAUAAGAAGGGUGAACUGGUCCAUUCCUGUGCAAUAUUCUGUCUAGAUGUUGCUCCAUAGUUUUCUUGCCAGUGCAGUUCCUGACAAACAGAGGAAGGUGCUUGACUUUAUUCACUUCACAAAAAAAAAAAAAGUGAAGGCUGGAUGCUGUUUGUUCUGUAGGGAUGCUGGUUUUCAGUCAAGCACAACUUGUGAGGUCAGUGAUUGCAUCAGGGGGAGGAAGGUUACGCUGAGCUCAGAGUCGCGGCUCACGCUGCUGUGACGUGUGUGUCUGUCUGUGUUUCCUCCUGUUGGAAGAACAAACCUAAGCAGUAAUGUGAUCAGCUCUGACUGGAGAUAAAGCACAACACAAUUUCAAGAGGACCAUAGGUUUUGCAGAAUUAAAAAAAAAAAAACAAAAAAAAACUGUUUACAUCCCAGAUCCAUUGUCUUUGUAAAAUGUAAAGGUAUGAAAAAGACAUUUGCAGUGAUCACAGUAAGUUUCUGAAAUAAAUAAAUGCUGUAUCGAUU